CAAAAUUGUUACCAGUUUCCACCGGCAGAUUCGUGGAAUUCUUGCAAGUCCAAAAUUAGAUCCCUCAUUUGACCUGAACGUAGUCGAGGAACUUCCUAGAGCAUGAUAGUUGAUGGCGAUAACAGAGUUGCUUAUGCAUCGCCACAUAUACAAAUACCUUCAUCUGCCAGCCAUUCUCAUUGCAGGGUGCUUUGUUUUUGUAGCAUUAUUCCUUUCUCUCCUCCUUACUUUCCAACAUCUCAGCUUCUACACUAAACCUUCGGAGCAAAAAUGGAUUGUUGCUGUUAUUUUUAUGGUUCCUGUCUAUGUUACUGAAUCGAUUAUAUCCUUGUGGGAUGCAAAGCUAUCCGUUGCUUGUGGCAUAUUGAGGAGUUGCUAUGAAGCAUUUGCUCUCUAUUCAUUUGGGAGCUAUUUGAUUGCUUGUCUUGGUGGUGAAACAGAAGCCAUAAAUUUUCUUGAAGACCAGGCUAGAGGACAAGGUAGCAAGCCACUGCUAGAAGGGAAAUCGAAUCCUAAAUUACGACAUAAAACUUUUCGCAACUUCAUCUUCAGGCCGUCUGUUCUUGGAAAAGAAUUAUUCGCAAUAAUAAAAUUUGGUCUCGUGCAAUAUAUGAUUCUCAAGACUUUCUGCGCAUUCUUAGCGCUCAUCCUCGAGCUAUGUGGAGUGUACGGUGACAGGGAGUUCAAAUGGUACUAUGGGUACCCGUACAUAACGGUAGCUUUGAAUUUCAGCCAAAUGUGGGCGUUGUAUUGCCUCAUUAGGUUCUACAACGUAAUUCACGACAGGCUUGAACCGAUCAAACCACUCGCUAAAUUUAUCAGCUUUAAAGCCAUUGUAUUCGCGACAUGGUGGCAAGGUGUUGUCAUUGUCUUGCUAUGCACUUUCGGCGUUCUUCCUAAACAGGACAAACUUCAAACUGGACUUCAGGAUUUUCUCAUCUGCAUCGAGAUGGCUAUAGCAGCUGUUGCUCACAUUUUUGUAUUCUCUGCCAAGCCUUAUCACUACGUCCAUGUCUCCGGCUACGAGCAUUUUUCAGCCUCGGCGACAACUGCUGCGCUCGACAUAAAAGGAGGCGGCGAGGAUUCGCCAGCAGAUGUGGAAAAGCAGAAAACUGAAGUGGAAUCUCCCGGGACGAGCAUUAAAGAAAGCGUUCAUGACAUUGUUGUCGAGGGCGGCCAAAAAGUGGUGAACGACGUGGUGCUGACAAUUAACCAGGCGAUCGAACCUGUGCACGAAGGCAUGACAAAGAUUCAGGAGAACUUCCAACACAUAUAGACGUGUUUGAUGAUCGAAAGAGGAAGAAGAUCGAGUCAAGGAAAGAUGAACUAAGCAUUCGAUAAAGGACACCUCAAGUAUAAGACAGCAAAAGCUAAAUAAGUCUGACGCUCAGGUUAGUCCUAUGCUUGAUUGAGUGAUUCCAAUUUUGUUCAUCUCAAUUAUUUUAUAUAAAUUUCUAAGUUUGUUUAUCAAUAUUUCUUUUUACAUAGGUGAA